AUGUCAUCUGGUGUCCAGACAGUCUCAACCCGCAAUCUGCACACAUGGUGGCAAGAGGGGGGAGUCAAGGACAGCAAGAGAAUCCGUAUCUACGAAAACAAGGUACGGCAAUCUCAUGCAUACCGCGUUCAAGUGCGUAGCGCGCCCCCAGCCGGAGCCGCUGAUGCCCCGUGGUACGACUCUUUCGUCUACGAAUCGAUUCCCCGAGGUGGUAAUGGCUUCUUCAAAACCCCCGUCGACUCGCCGAAUCCCCAACGGUUCACCUGGGAUGAAUGCAGUGACGGCGACGGUAUUAGUGAGUUGGAGCACAAGGCCAAUCUCAGCAUGGCGUGGUCACAAUUCGAGUAUGAUGACGAUGUCGAAGUGAAGAUCACGCCUUGCAACGGAGUCAAGCUCAACGAAGUUACCAUCCGGCCUACUGCACUGCAUCUUGAGGCUAAAGCGCUGUCGGAUGCCGUUGUUAUUCGUGUUCCCCGGAACCCCGAUGGCUUCAAGUUCUCUGUCGAGUUUAGGGACGACAUCAUUGAAUACUUUUCCGAUGGAACCCAAUACGUCAAGGAUGGCCGCCACCUAGUGGGCAGGGAGCCCAGAAAUGCGCUGCUCAUAUUUGCAAGCCCUUUCCCAGCAGCAGAGGUGACUCCUCCAAUGUCCGAGAGCAACACAACAGUCAUGAAGCCUGGGCCGAUAUACGAAGGAGAUUGGGGGUCCAAGGCUAUUCUCUACUUUCCCCCCGGCGUGUACUGGAUGAACUCGACACAGGAUGGACAAAGCCCAAGACUUGGACAGAAUCACAUACGCCUACACGAAAACACGUACUGGGUGCACUUCGAUCCCGGCGCAUAUGUAAAGGGUGCGAUUGAGUACACCACAAAGAAUAAGCACCUCUAUGCCACCGGCCAUGGUGUCCUCUCUGGGGAGCAUUAUGUCUAUACGGCCAACCCCAAGGAGGGCUACCAUGGUAAGAAGCAUGACUGGGAGAGUCUUCGCAUGUGGUGGCACAAGCUACCAGUGCCUGGACAGACGUGGCACUGCGCCGGGCCCACGAUCACCGCCCCGCCGUUCAACUCGAUGGACAUGAAGGACCCGAAUGACCAGAUACACGUUUCUGCAAGGAUUCAGGACUACAAGCAGGUCGGGGCCUGGUACUACCAAACCGACGGCCUACAGCUGAACCCUGACUCCACUAUGCGCGAUGUGUUCUACCACUGCAACGAUGAUGCGAUCAAGGCGUACCACGGCCAUGUCGACGUUGAUCGUGUCACAGUGUGGAAGAUCCACAACGAUCCAGUGAUUCAGAUGGGGUGGGAUCUGAGGGAAGUAAGCCAUUUCAGCCUUCGCAACCUGUGGGUGAUCCAUACGCGGUACUUCAAGCAUAACGAUUACGUCCCCGCCGCCAUCAUCGGAGCGUCGCCUUUCUACGUAAACAAGGAUGACCCACCGGAGAAGAAAAAGAAGCGCGAUUUCAAGAAGCAGCUCGCCGCGUCCAUCACCAACGUGGUUUGCGAAGGUCCCUGCCCGGGCUUGCUGAAGAUUUCGCCUCUGCAGAGCUAUGAUCUUAAGAUCAGCAACGUCGAGUUUCAACAAGAACUGAACCCAGUUUCCGAAGUCGCAGAAAGUUACGUCAAGGGAGUUGACGAUUUUGGGUCAGGCAAGAUGGCGAUUGAGAUCAACAAUUGGUCUAUCAACGGGGAGAAGGUUACGAUGGACACGUUUCGCAGCAAUCAGCUGGGUAAGCUCAAUAUUGAUAAGCAGUACUGGAAGCAGUGGAAGAUAAAUGAGGUUUUGCAGCCGGUCUAA